AUCGAUGCCGUAGCCAAGGAGACGACUGUAGCAGACAACCGACCCUCUGACCGGCCGUCAUCAACAACAAAAUACAUCUUUAAUCCGAUUUUCCAUACUCUGCUUUUUCCGACGAGCGUUUCCCGGGUUACAAAGCCAGGGACGGCACACAGAAAAACUGUUGACAGGGGGGUCGACGCCAGCAGGGCCGCGCUAUUGCAUCCGCACCAUCGAGUACGAAAGUACUCGCCAUUCAUGAAGACAGAAAAUUGUCAAAAGAGAGCUUAAUGAAUAUGGAUUUGCUAAGCCAGAGACGUAGAAAACAAUAAAGAGCUUUCUUAUUAUUUAAAAGAAUCAUCCCUUCAAAUUCGAGAAGGCGGAGGUGUUCUUGAUACGCCAGGAAGAGAGAGAGAGAGGUGAGGGAGUUAUUGCCAUGGCUACGACAGGAGCCCAGUAUGCUCUCGCAGCAUCCGCUGGGGCAGGCAAUGGCGGGGUUACCCCCACGGCAGUGGGGGUGGACACCAAACCAAGCGUCGUCGCUUUGACUACGACUUCCAGUGGCAAUAGUUCUACCUGCCAGGCUCAAUCCACCAGAGGUCAACAAGUCAUCACCGUUGUUACCAGUCCUGAUCCAUCAAGCCCCAAUAAUCUCCAACCAAUCCAGUUGCUGGUCCAGGAUGCGCUAGAUUCAGCAGCAGAUUCUUCAAAUGGUUCUUCAGGUACAGCGGCGCAUGUAACAGCGCAGGUAGUAGUGAAUACAAGUCAUACUGGCCAACAUACUCUUGUAGAUCCCGACGUCACUUCCUCGUCAGCUGGCACAAUCGUCAGUGGGUCGCCGCACUAUAUAACAGUUACCGGCACCAGUGAUUCACCGUCCUAUGCAUCCCUCACAACGGCAGUAGUUGCUGCUGACGGCGAGGCAGUGGGGUCCGAUUCAGUUUCACAUCCAACCUAUGUUCAGUAUGUCGAGGGCGAUGGAUCCACGUAUAUUCCGACGAAUGGCCAGAUGACAUAUCCUGUUUAUGCUGUCGGCGAGGCAGGGACUAUGUACACACCAUCCUCGAGUCAGUAUUUCACAUCAACAACAACACCAGUUACUUAUGCACAGGUUCAGGGUUCAAAUACAACAACUGGACAAUUAUUAUCACAAGGAAAUGGAGCUUAUCUCAUACAGCAAAGUGUUGUGGACGGAGAUGCAGCGACUCACGCGCUUAUUUCUGCCGCAGCGGCUCGUGCGAGCCCUCAAACAGAAAGUGCUGAGGCAGUGGUUAGCGGUGGUGGAGGGGCAUACCUGAUCAGCGGUAAUUCAGGUAGCAAUACUGUCAGCGUGGAAGAAGCUGCCGCUGCUGCGAAUAUGACGCAUGCCACUAGAGUCUCUCAGGCCACCGUAAGCCAUAUCGACUCCCCAUUUGUUCAAUGGUUGCUAGAAAAUUAUGAAACUUCAGACGGAGUCUCUCUUCCAAGAUCAACACUUUACAAUCACUAUCUUCGUCAUUGCUCGGACAAUAAACUAGAUCCCGUGAACGCAGCGAGUUUUGGGAAAUUAAUACGCUCAGUCUUUUUGGGGCUUAGAACAAGACGCUUAGGCACUCGCGGAAAUUCGAAGUACCAUUACUACGGAAUUCGAGUGAAACCAAACUCUCCACUGAAUAUGCUUAACGAAGACGGAACUUCCCGUCAGCAAACGACGCCAAAUUCACAGGCAAAACGAUUCAAAUUUGUUAAUCAAAAGCAGGACACAUCGUACGAUGCCAAUGCUCAUUCCAAUGCGAAUAUUUCUUCCAAUAACUCGCCACCACAGUAUCAGCAAUAUUUAGGAGAAGCAAGUAGCGCCAUUCCAGAUUUUCCGGACAUUAUUGUCGGACAUGGAUCAUCUUUGCCGGAGGAUUGUACUUUGGAAGAUAUUGACACCUUCCGUAGUAUUUACAGAGAACACUGCGAAGCUUUUCUAGAUGCUGUUUUGAAUUUUGAAUUUGCGACAAUCGAAAGUUUGUGGAGGGAAUUCUGGCGUAGUCAGGAUAAUAAUAACGGCGACGAAUGCGAGGAGGAGAAAUAUUUGUCUAAGACAAAGCUUUAUCACAUGUGCAAGUGUUCCGAAGUGCAGGAUUUCAUCAGACGGGUUGACUACACCUUUUAUCAGAAUUUAGUCGAAGUUCUCAUGCCUGAUGUUCUGCGGCCGAUUCCUAGUUCAUUGACUCAGUCUAUCAGAAACUUCGCUAAGGGUCUUGAAUCGUGGUUGACAUCUGCGAUGAAUGACUGUCCAGAAGAAAUGAUGCAAAUAAAGUUGACUGCAGUUUCUGCUUUUGCACAAACACUGAGGCGGUACACUUCAUUGAAUCAUUUAGCUCAAGCUGCCCGAGCUGUACUUCAAAACUCUAGUCAAAUUAGUCAAAUGUUAGCGGACUUGAAUCGAGUAGACUUUCACAAUGUCCAGGAGCAGGCAUCAUGGGUAUGUCAGUGUGAUUAUGCAGUGGUUCAACGUUUGGAAACGGACUUCAAAGUUACACUUCAGCAGCAGAAUUCACUGGAGCAAUGGGCGGUUUGGUUAAAGGGGGUUGUUACUCAGGUGCUCAAACCUUAUGAGGGCAAACCAACUUUUGCUAAAGCUGCACGACAAUUUCUGCUCAAGUGGUCCUUUUACAGUUCAAUGGUUAUACGAGAUCUUACAUUGAGAAGUGCAGCAAGUUUCGGAUCUUUUCACCUCAUCCGCUUGCUUUAUGAUGAAUACAUGUUUUAUUUAAUUGAACAUCAAGUUGCUAUCGCCACAGGAACAACUCCAAUAGCUGUGAUGGGUGAUAAAAAUACCACCUGUUCUCUCUUCAACGCUUUUGGAUCAACUGCAAAUGGAGAUUUUCUGUCACUUUCCCUAGAUGCGUCGGGUAUGAAUCAAUCGAAGCGCAUGAAGAUGAGCUAACUGCGUAUCUUCGCUCUCUAGAUUUUCAGUAUACAAGCUUACACGUAGAAAAAAAGUGAAAAGGAUUCAAGAAACUAACACGAGAAACAUGCAGGCCUAUCAUAAUAUAUUGAUAUGGGUACUAGUCUCUUACAUUAUUAUUUUGUAAUAUAUAAAUACAAAUAAUUUAUUGUAAGUAUUCUCUGAGGAUUUUUACACAACGCCGGCACAUUUGAAAUAUGUUGCUUACUGGAAUUUUUCAAUAUGUAUUGCAUAAUAUGCGUAACAUAACAUACAGGAAAAAAAUAACACUUGCAGUAGGUUGAAGUAAAUUAUAUAAUUAGUAUGCUACUUCUAGUCGAAUAAUUUUAGUGUACAUACUCGGAACCAUGAUUUUCUCGUGUCCUUUCAUACAAUCUAAUAAUGACAUUUCUUCAUUAGUGAAACUAAUUGAAAUUAGACGUCUCAUGUUCCAAAAAUUUGAAGAGGGUCACGCAAUUCUGGACACCACAACAAUUUUUGCUAUAAUUUACUUUCUAUCCGACAUUUAUGUACUUUUUCAAAAAAGUAUCAGCUAUACAAAGUAUCGUUCAGAGUAUAAAUAUGAUAGUAAUUAUAAAAGUGAUAAAAAAAAACAGAAAAAUAUUGGUGUAUGCAUGUUAUAUAAAAAUGUACUUGUUUUAAACAGAUCGUAUCCAUAUGAGCUUAUUUUUGUAUGUGCAGGGAGAAAAAAAAGAUCUGUUGUCAUGUACACAAAUCCUUAAGUCCUUUUUUACCGAUCAAACCUACUUGUGUUAUUUUCAUUAGUAAACCGUAUUUUUAUAAUUUACGUUAAUGUAUUUUUAAGUUUGUAUGUUUUAAGUGUCUUUGGCAAAUAAUCAUGGUUUCCAUUUUCAAUUUAUAACUUGAAUCCGCCCACAAUUUUCUUUUUGUGAGAACCAAUCGAUAAAUAUUUAGUUUGACAAUUAUUGUAAGUCCAAAUUUGAAGCAGAAAGACACAUACAAGUAUCUACUUAUUUAGGCUUAUUUAAUCUUGUUUGAACAUGUUCAUACUCAUGUUUGGUCUGACUUGUUCGUAAUUUCUCGAACUAAGCCGAACUACAAUAAACUUGUCCGAACUUUGACUUCGUUAAAUUGAAUCGAAUUUUUGUAAAUAUGUUAUUAGAAAUAGUUCUACUUGAUCCUAUUGUUUUAUUUAUCCAUCAAUUAGUGCAAUCCAAGCAAACAGCUUUCUCAGAUUUUGCUCGCGUCGAGCGAAAUUUAAUUAAUUUGUGCACAAAGUUAUUGCCUUGUCUUAAAUUCUUAUUAUAAGUUUAGAAUUGUGUUUUUAGGAUUGAGUUCAUUUAGAAUUUAGCAUUGGUUUAUAAGGAUUAGCUAGACUUGCGGUCUGAAACCAAGUUGAUUGUGUGUAAAGCGUUCUUAUUGGACCGUUUAUGCCUCGAAGAAAGUCGUAAUUAUAUCUAACUGUGUAAUUGUUUACAGAACAUCGACUGAAUGUGUUCGUGUAUUAUCAAUUAUAAUGGUUUAAAAAUGUGUUAUGUUCGAAAGGAAUUAGCAAUUGCAUUUAUUUCUUUGAACGUUUCCGCCUUUAAAUGACCAAAGAGGUUGGGAAUCUUCUGUGACUUUUUUUGCAAACAAAAUCUCCUCUGAGAUUAAAAUAUUCUGUUUUUAGUUUAAGUUUCAACAUAAAAGAACAGUUUGAAAUUGUCAUUGCAUCGUUUUAGUUUUUAAUACAUUUAGGGAUACACAAAUGUAGGUAAUAUUAGAUACAUUUUGCGGCAGCUUUGAUUGUAUUUAACUCUAUUAUUAAGGUAUUCUCUGAAAACCUAUAUUAUAGAUAUUGAAGCGCUUGUUUUGCGUUCGGAGACAAAGACUUAGUCACUGUGUACUUCAAUGUUUUCACGUCGAUCAAAUUAUCAAAUACAUGAGUAGUUGAAUACCGACCAACGAAAUAAUUUUCCUAUAAAUUUUUCACUAUUUUGGACUGCUCUGAAAAGUGUAAUUGUAAUUAUCUAGUGGAUUUCCGUUGUAACAGAAAGUAUCGCCUAAUUGCACCAAUUGUUUAAAAUGAAUAAUGUAAUUUCUGAUUUCUGCGACGAGGCAUUUACUAAAUGUAUAAAUUCGUUGAGAAACUAGUCAGACGCUGUAGAAUAAGUUAAGAAACAGGGAUUGAAUAUUAAACGCGGUGCAUAGAUUUAUUGUGUGAAAGAUCAUUGUGCACUGGGGAAAGGGAAGAGAUCUAUUCCAUAACUAUAAUGAGCUUAUAAGUGUAAAAAAAUAGUGUACCUAAACGUAAAGACAGUGUAGUUUAAAAUAGAUUCUUAAUUAUAUAUUCCAAGCGACGAAGAUUUGAAAAAUCUUGAUUGAAGAAAAGAGCUAAAUGUGAAUGAAUAUAAAUGUGUGACUGCUUAGUUCAAUAUCUGAAUUCUACAGUUCGAGAAUGCAGUCUGAGGCUGAAGAACAGCAGAUUGUUCAAACAAUUUAACCCGUCCAUCUCAUCAUUACGGCGUAAUGAACAGUGAACGAAAUUUGAAGACAUGAAUAAUAAUUAAUGCCGUGUGUGGAACAUACAAUACGCAUAUCACAAUAUUUAUUGUAUUUAAGAAUUUACUUUUCAUUCUUAUUUGCAUAUUGCAUGUGCUUUUUAAAAAGAAAAAGCACGGUUUCGUUAAAAUUACUUUAACCAAAAUUGUUCGUUGGAAAAAUUACUGCAAGAAAAUACCUCCUUUACACAUUUUAAUUCUCACUUUGUCUUGUUGAAAUUAGAGUAGAUAAAUAUUAUUAUUCGAAUUUUCUGAAGAUAUUUUUUUAUGUAAACAAAUUUUUAAAUGUUAUCAGCUUAUGAUAAAAUAUGUGGGUAAUAGUACAUUCCUAGCUUUUUUACUUAAAAUAAUGAUAUCGAAAACAAUAAAUAAGAAAAAAGGAACCUAUAUUGAAAUCGAAAUAUCAAAUUAUUUAAGAAAAUGACGUGAGAUUUAAAAUUAUUAAGUGGCGUUUUUGUAGCAAUUGUUCCUAGGAACAAUUUUGCUCUCCUGACUACUUUUCAUAUCUUGCUUUGGUUACGAGAAAAAAUGGGUAUUUCGAUUUUUUAUAAUGAUUUUUUUUCUUAACCGACUCCGGUCAAGAUUUGGUCUUUUUAAUGAAAAAUAGUUCCAGAAACAUCUCAGAUACAAAAUUAAACGAAAAAUUAUAGUGCUCACACCUUUGGGGGUUUCUGAAAAUUAAUUUCAACGGAGCCGUGAGUGGGAUACAAUGAUACAUACAUAAACUUCGCUUUAAUCCGAAAUAAUGAUUUUUCUUACCUUCUGUCAUUUUGGUGAAUUUUAAUAUUUUGAAUCAAUCCUGAUGGGUAAAAUCCAUGACCUACUGCAUCGCAAAAUCUGUAGCGACUUGAAUUAGAAUCAAACUUGUAAACGGUUUCCUGUAUUGCGAAAUGAUAAAAAACGGCCUUAAAUAUUCCACAUGUAAAAAUUAAUAAAUUAUCCUACGAAAAGGCCUGAGAGAUUAUGAAAGAUAGACGUAUUAUAUUGGUUAAAAAAAUACGUGAAAGAAGAUUCACUUCUUUAAUACGUAUAGGAAAUAUUUUGAUACUUCCCGAUUUGCACAAACUGAUAAUCAUUCAUUAUUGCUUAAAUAAGAUUAUUUUUACUGAAUGUAGCUCAAAACGAAAAUAAACUAUUGUGAAUUUUGUAACUCUUAAGAAACUUCAACGACCGCGUGAGUGUGCAAAUCACAAAAAUUGAUCGAGUAAUAAAUAUAUGUUUAAAACGAA